AUGGCGGGGAUGUUCGUAGGAGCUGCCUUUGGUUGCCCGGGAGCUUCAGCAAAACGUUAUUCCCCGCCCGCAGUAAUGGGAACAGCCCGCGGGCAGGGCCGCACCCGCCGCCGUGUCUGCCUGGGGAUAGACCUGAAACCCUCCCGGCUGCGCUCUUCAACACUCAUUUUGUGUGUGUUACAAGCUCUGAUUUAUAGAGAUCUUACCUUGAAGGAGAACUGGGCAGGAAAAGCAUUUAGGAAGUUUCUUCCCCUCUUUGAUCGUGUCCUGGUUGAACGAUGUGCGGCUGAGACAGUAACCAAAGGAGGCAUCAUGAUUCCAGAAAAAGCUCAAGGGAAGGUGCUACAGGCAACAGUAGUAGCAGUUGGAUCAGGAGCCAGAGGAAAGAAUGGUGAGAUUCAGCCAGUGAGUGUAAAAGUUGGUGAAAAGGUUUUGCUACCAGAGUAUGGUGGUACAAAGAUUGUACUAGAGGAUAAGGACUACUACUUGUUUAGAGAUGGUGACAUUCUUGGAAAAUACGUGGACUAAACUUGUUGCAGUAUCAGUCAUCCAUUCCACUAAAAUGCUGAAAUUUUUCUUUCAUCAUGUAAAUAAUGUCCUUUAUUUUAUAAUAAGCAGGCAUUGAGUCUCUGAAAUAACUUGUGAUCUCACUGUAAUGAUGGAACACAAAUAAAAAUAUGUACAGUCAGAAAUCAGUUGCUCUUGCUUGAGUUCCAUUGAACAGUGAAAUUCAGAUGACCACGAACCAGCCUUAAAUACUCCAAACAACAUCAUUUUAUAUCCUUAUCUCUGUACUGAGAUUGUAAAGGUCUUUACAAUAAACUUCUAAAACU